AUGGACCCUGCCUGGCACUCGGUGCCUCUUAUACCCACCCUGGGCACGUCCCCUCAGCUGCUGGCCUUGCCACCGCAGCCUUGGGAGAUAGGGUUGCACCUGCGCUACGGGAACUUCCACUUCUGCGGCGGGUCCCUGAUCAGCGAGAACUGGGUGGUCACCGCUGCCCACUGCGGCGUCAGGAAAACCGACAAAGUGGUGGUGGGUGCCUAUGACCAGAACAACCCCAGCACUGCUCAACAGACGCUGACCAUCGAGAAGGUCUUCAAGAACCCCAAGUUCAACCUGCUGACCAUCCGCGACGACAUCACCCUGAUCAAACUGGCCACUCCAGCGCAGUUCUCGGACCGCGUGUCCCCCGUCUGCCUGCCCCAGGCCACCGACGAGUUCUCGGGGGGCACGACCUGCGUCACCACCGGCUGGGGGCUCACUGACUCCAGUGACUCGGAGACACCGGCGGUGCUGCAGCAGGCGGCUCUGCCCCUGCUCACCAACGCCCAGUGCAAGGAGUUCUGGGGCUACCGCAUCCGCGACGUGAUGGUCUGUGCCGGCGCCGACGGAGUGCUGGAAGGGAUGGGUUCCCAGGACCACCAAGGCUGGGGGUGA